AAACUCACGCGUCUUCUAAUUUGUUGCUGAUGCUUUGGGAGUGGUUUUGUUUGUCAAUUAUUCAUCUUUAUUUACCGCAUUUGUUAUCUGCUGCUGCUGCUGCUGUUUAUCCACUCCACUGCGACUGAGAUUGCACGACGGCCCAUAAUGAAAUCCUGGGAGAUUGCCGUGCUGGCCCUAGCAGCUGUUUAUCUGUGCACGCAAGUGAGUUUUGUGGCUGGCCUGGAGUGCUAUGUGUGCUCCAAUCAGACGGGCAACACGGAAAAGUGCCUCAACACGAUCAAGACCUGCGAAUCCUAUGAGAAUGUCUGUGGCACAGAGAUUCGCUGGGGCAGCCAGCCAUACUUCUCCGAGGGCGCACUCAAGCAAUAUUAUGUGUCCAAGCGCUGCAUGACCAAGGAGCAGUGCCAGUCCAAGCGGAAGCGCUACAUGCAGCUCUACUGCACCCACAUCUGGUACGAGGAUUGGGCGUGCAACGAGUGCUGUCCGGGCGAUCGCUGCAACUAUUUUGUGAUUAGUGGCGCUCCGGCUGGACAACGACAAGCCGUGGGUCUGACCCUGCUCAUGACGCUGCUGGGCCUGGGUUCUUGGCACAUUUCACGCUCUUAGCUGAACAAGGAAUCGCUUAUUCAACCUCCACAUACGUUAGAACUGCAGGUAGAACUGUAAACGUUUGCCGUCCAUUUAUGUAGUAGAUUUUAAAAGUGCCUUUGACUCAAAAGGGGGAAUCAAU